AUGUCUGAGGUCACCACUUACGAUUCCACUGCGGCAGAGGUGACGAAUCCUUUCGGGGAGAUCACUCAGCAACAACUCGAUGAACUCGCCUACUUCCAGCAGCGCUUCAAAGAAGAGCGCCAGAAGCGCCUUCGUCCGGAUGGCCUCGCCCAAUACUCCAACGUUAGCACCACGGAGAAGUUGAAAAAGUUCUGGGAAGACCCUUGGGUUACUGCAGGAACUCCCAUCCACGAGCCUGUCUCCGAUGGUGGCUCAAUCAAGCUUAUGAUUCUCGGUGCCGGUGCAGCUGGCAUUCUGCAGGCUGUGCAAUGCAUCAAGGCUGGCAUGAGCGCUGAAGAGAUCCUCUUUGUGGAUCUUGCAGCAGGAUACGGAGGUGCGUGGUAUUGGAACCGCUAUCCCGGCGCCGCGUGCGAUACAGAGUCGUACUGUUACAUGCCCAUGCUGGAAGAGAUGAAUUACAUGCCUUCAAAGAAGUACGCUCCGGGAUGGGAGUUCCGUCGCCACUAUGAACGGAUUGCGUCAAGAUACCACCUUCAAGACCGCGCCAUGUGGCAGACCUGGUCACAGACUGCGAAUUGGGACGCCGAUGCGAAGCAGUGGGAUGUAGCUCUGCUGCAAAAGCCAAAGGGCGGCGCUGAGAAGUCUCUCACCAUCCAUGCAAAGUACAUCGUCAUUGCAGCUGGCUUACAGAGUGUUCCCAAGAUGCCGAAUCUUGAGGGCUUCGACAAAUACGCUGGUCGCCUAUUCCUGGCGUCUCGAUGGGACUAUGGCUACACUGGAGGCUCACCAGAGGACCAACAGCUGUGGAACCUUACUGGAAAGAGAGUCGCAUUGAUCGGAAAUGCAGCAUCUGGUGGCCAAGCUAUUGUCGAGCUUGCCAAGUAUGCGCAAGAUGUAUACAUGUUUCAGCGCACGCCGGCUAGAGUGGUGUCGAAACCCAACCCCCUGACGCAUCCUAUAGAAUGGGAGAAGAUUGCCUACAAACCGGGAUGGCAAGCCGAGCGUAACAAACACCUCAAUGCGUUCGCCACCUACGAUCCGAAACGCCCAGAUAACGACUAUCUUCAAGAUACACACUCCCGGCUCCUUGGAUUCUGUGCAAACCUGGGCACACCAAGGGAUAUCAAGCCCGAAGAGAUCCCUGCUUGGGUGCAGCAUCUGAACGUUGUGGAUAUUCCCAUUCUCAAGAGUGUUCAUACAACUGUCGACAAGACGAUCGAGGAUCCGGCGCUCGCUGAAAAGGUCAAGGCGUGGUUCCCAACGUGGUGCAAGAGGUCUCUGUUCUCGGAUGACUAUCUCCCAACCCUCAACCGCCCGAAUGUACACGUUAUUGACACCAACGGCAAAGGCGUCGAUAGACUCACCGAGAAAGGCGUCUUCGCCGCAGGUGAAGAAUACCCGGUGGAUGUCAUCAUCUUCGCCACAGGCUUCGAGUCUCCUUUUGGCUCCCCUGACGCGAAAGUCGGCAUGAAGAUCACCGGCCUGGACGGCCUCGCGAUGAAGACCAAAUGGGAUAGUGAAUCUGGAAUGGGCACCCUACACGGAGUCAUCAGUCGGGGCUUCCCCAACAUCUUCUGGCAUGGUCCCAGCCAGUCUACCAUCUCUGCAGCCGCGACGUACGGCCUCGAACGAAUGAGUGAACAUGUCGCUCAUCUGAUCACCACAUCUUCGAAGAAGUCGGUCUCGAUCCACCCGACUGAAGCCGCCGAGGCGGACUGGGGCAACCGUAUUGCUUCGAUGAAGAAUUGCUUCGCUGCGGCCGUUGGUUGCACACCCUCGCUGUCGAAUGGCGAGGGAGCGAUGGAGUUCCUCAAGGAUAAGCUUUCGCCGGAGAAGAAGGCUGCCAUGGCCAAGCUUGGGCUUUGGGGUCGUGGCGUCGAGGACUAUCUCAAUGUCCUGCGCGAAUGGCGUCUGAAGGAUGACUUGGAGUCUGGAUUUGAAUUGCUCUAA